CGUCUACCCAGCUGAGCCGAAGGGUAGAGCAGCAGCUAGCGAAGCGUAGAGUGAUUCGAGGAUGUUCGGGUUCGGGCACCACCACAACCAGGCGCCGGCGGCGCCGUCCGACCCCAACCAGAUCUUCAAGAUCUUCUGCCGCGCCAACGAGAACUACUGCCUCGCCGUCCGCGACGGCGCCGUCGUCCUCGCCCCCGUCAAUCCCAAGGAUGAGCACCAGCACUGGUUCAAGGACAUGCGCUUCAGCACCAAGGUGAAGGACGAGGAGGGCAUGCCGGCGUUCGCGCUCGUCAACAAGGCCACCGGACUCGCCGUCAAGCACUCGCUCGGCCAGUCUCACCCGGUGAAGCUGGUGCCGUUCAACCCGGAGUACGAGGACGCGUCGGUGCUGUGGACGGAGAGCAAGGACGUCGGCAAGGGCUUCCGCUGCAUCCGCAUGGUGAACAACACCCGCCUCAACUUCGAUGCGUUCCACGGCGACAAGGACCACGGCGGCGUGCGCGACGGCACCGCCGUCGUGCUGUGGGAGUGGUGCAAGGGGGAGAACCAGAGCUGGAAGAUCCUGCCCUGGGGCCCCGAGGCGCACUCCGCCUCCCCCAGCGCCGGCACCGCCUUCACCGUCGGCGGCGUCCCCGUGCACGCCGUGCGCGUCUUCUGCGCCGCCGGCGAGGACUACUGCCUCACCGUCCGCAACGGCACCGCCUGCCUCGCCCCCAAGAACCCCCGGGACGACUACCAGCACUGGAUCAAGGACAUGCGCCAUAGCAACAAGAUCAGGGACGAGGAGGGCUACCCGGCGUUCGCGCUCGUCAACAAGGUCACCGGCGAAGCCAUCAAGCACUCCACCGGACAGGGCAACCCGGUGAAGCUGGUGCCGUACAACCCGGAGUACCAGGACGAGUCGGUGCUGUGGACGGAGAGCAAGGACGUCGGCAAGGGCUUCCGCUGCAUCCGCAUGGUGAACAACAUCUACCUCAACUUCGACGCCUUCCACGGCGACAAGGCCCACGGCGGCGUCCACGACGGCACCGAGAUCGUGCUCUGGAAGUGGUGCGAGGGUGACAACCAGCGCUGGAAGAUCCUCCCCUGGUAGAGAUUAUCCGGGGAGAUGCAUUUGCAUUGCCAUUGUCAUCGUCGUCGUCUGCUCUGCUGCUAGCUAGCUAAUAAUUGAUCCGCUACCGAAAUAAGACCGUGUUCGAUCGGAGUAUCGGCAAUGGCAAUGGUGUCCGUCCUCAAGAGUGUCAGUUUGUGUGUGUGUGUCCAUUUGCGAGCCAGUGAUUGUCAUGAGAGGAGGGGCCCUGAUUUCUGAAACAUCUGAUGCAACCCAUCUUGCUUUCUAGUGCUAGGCCCUGUACUCUGUACUUCAGUACAGUAUGCCUAAUGAAUGAAUGAAUUGUGAACCGGCUCAUUUAUCUCGA